GGAGGAUAUAAGCCCCGCGCAGGACGGUGACUGUCUUCCUUAUCACCCUCAUCCUUUUCCCCUCCCACUGUCCGCCGACGGCGCGCCCCGUCUUGGAUAUCAUUGACCUCGCUGUUACUCACCCCAAGCACUUCGUUACCCAUCGUCGUGACUUCUGUGAACGAUGUCGAAGCCUCAAGCUCAAGGACAAGGUCGACAGCACAGGGCCAUUACGGUCGUCACGAACCACGUCGCCGUGAAGAAACUCCCGACGAAGACGCACAGUCUGUACGAUGGAAUUCUCUACAUCAAGGACAAUGAAUGGAAAGACGAGCGGUUCAGCGAGAAGCGCAUCCGCGUCAUGGACAAGCUCCAAACAAAGAUCGCGCCGGAAAUCUUUCGCGGGGACGCCAUCUUCGACGGCAUGAAACUGUUGUUCGUCCCGGGCGUCCUGGCCUUGCCCAGUGGUGGGCAGAGCGAGACUUUUGACUUCCACAUGAGCGACAGCCCAAACCCCGGUCCUAACUCACUGGCCAAAGUGAUCAUCACCAGGACGGUGAACGAGGGAAUCACCCCUGCUGCCGUCAAUGCGAUCUUACAGCGCGCGACCGAAGCCGGUGCCCCUAGCCGUGAGGCUCUUCAGGCUAUCAACCUGCUUCAGCUCAUCAUCCGCCAACACUCGAAUAAUAUCAUGAAGCCCGCCGUCAACGCGAAGGCAUACUUCACGGAAACGCAAAAGAAAGCUCUCGGUGGGGGCGUCGAGCUACGCAGGGGAUUUUUCCAAUCCGUCCGUCCCACCAUCGGGCGACUGCUGAUCAAUAUAGAUACGACCGUGGCGCCGUUUAUCGUGGGCGGCGAACUUCUCCAGUUCAUGAUGGGCGUCCUCGGGACCAGCAACAUUCGCAGCUUUGAACUACAACGCAACGAACCAAACUUCGUCAAGCUCGAGCGCGCCCUCAAGAAACUCCAGAUCACGGUCAAGUUCAACAGAGCGACAACCAAGGUUAUCCGCGGGCUCGAACCCAAUGCGGGUCAAUAUAGGUUUUACAACGACCAGCAGGGCAGGGAGAUGACGAUUCAGGAGCACUACAAGACUGCGUACAGAUGGGACUUGCGCCACCCGAGGAUCGUCGGCAUCCGCCUGACAGGACCGAAUGCGCCGCGGCCAGUCAUCGUACCGGCGGAGUUGUGCACGAUCAAGCCGAGCCAGUUCUAUAAGCGCAAGCUCAGCGAAGACAUGGUCACCCAGGUCGUUAAGUUUGCCACUUUGAGGCCCGACGCACGGCGCGGUAUGAUUGAGCAUGGGCUCGGCAACGAUAGACAUGAUCAGUCGCCGAUUGCGCACUACGAGAACUCGUCCAACAUUAGAGCAGCAGGCAUGGAGAUUGGGAAGCAGUUGGAGAUGGUUCAAGGACGGAUGUUGACGCCCCCCGAGCUCACGUACGGCUCAGGGCGCUCUGAGGUUCCCAAGGGCGGUCAGUGGAACCUUGUCAAGAAGCUCCUCGCCGAUGCGCGCGCUCUGGACAACUGGGCUGUGGUCAACUUCGCUUCGAAUCUUAGUGACAAUGAGGUCAACCGCUUUGUCGACAACCUUUCUCGGGCUUGUCGUACUCUGGGCAUGCGGGUCUCGAGACCAGCGGAAGAUCGGCCCUUCCGUGCAAGUGGGCAGGCUGUCAGGGCCGGUUUGGCAAACGCUCUCAAUUAUCUGAGCGUUGACAGGCCGGCCCUCAUCUUGGUUUUACUACCAGAGAGCGCAAAGGGUAUCCGCCAAGAAGUCAAACAUUUGGGCGAUGUGGCCAUUGGUGUUAUCACGCAAUGCGUACGGCAGAACAAGGUGCAGAAGGCAAACGACCAAUACUACAACAACGUAGCGAUCAAGAUCAAUGCGCGCCUGGGUGGCAGAGCUGCUCAAGUUCAGUCUGAGGUGAUGGCCCGCAUGCGCUCCGCGCCAUACAUGAUCGUCGGCGCCGACGUCAGCCACCCCGCCCCUGGCCAAGCGCGCCCUUCGAUGAUCAGCCUCGUAUACUCGACCGACGCAGACGCGGUUCGCUAUGGUGCGAUCACCGACAUCCAGGACGCGCGUACCGAGCGCAUCGAGAACAUGGAGCGCUACGCGUACGACGCAAUUUUUGCCUUCGCAAAAAGGAACAACCCGGACGGGAAUGUCAAGAACUUCCCCGCGCGUGUGGUUUUCUACCGCGACGGCAUCAGCGAGGGCGAGUUUGCGGAGGUCGCGAGUCGGGAGGUGGCGGACUUCAAGGCUGGAGUCCAAAAGGCUGUGGACGAGCUGAAGGCGGCAGGGAGGGCGUUCUGGAGCGAGAAGCUUGAGGGUCCUCAGGUCACCUACAUUGUCGUUGGCAAGCGCCACCACGUCGUCUUCUUUCCCAAGACUCCGCAAGACGGCGAUAAUAGGACCGGCAACCUCCCCAGCGGCUUCGUCACGGAUCGCGGUCUUGACAGCCCCUUCGCGCCGGAUUUCUUCUUGCAGUCUCACUCGGCCAUCCAAGGGACGUCUCGCAGCUCACACUACGUGAUACUGCACGAUGAGAUCUGGAAUUUCGGGAAUAUCGACGCGAUCAAGCUGUUGUCGUUCCAUUUGUGCCACACGUACGCAAAGGCGACGCGCGCUGUGUCGAUCCCCGCGCCCGUCUACUAUGCCGACCUCGCCUGCGCCCGCGGCGCCUUCCACUUCGCCGGCACCCAGUUCGAGAACUCGGACUCGGGCGGGCCAACCAUCAACAUGGACGAGUGGCGCCAGAACUUCCACGAGACGCACGAUAGGCUGAAGAGGAUGAUGUACUUCCUGUGAGCGGUCUCGUCGACGACGAGGAGGUGUACGUCUGUUAGUGCUGACGCUGGGGUCGACCUGCUGUUGUAUGAUUUUCCUCGCCUCGGUUUUCAACUGUUGUAUCAUCAUCCCUCUGUAUCCGCGACGACUUCUUGAUUCCCACUACGGACAAAGAUUGUAAAUUGUAAUUGUACCUACGCAUGAUAUCCCACUCUUUGUUCUUGAUUUC